AUGCUUAUUGAAGUAGACAAAAAGAAAAGAAUUUUUGUUUGCAAAGUGUGUGGGUUAACCAUAGACAGAAACCAAACUAUAUCACACCCCAAUAUUCACAAAGAAGAUAUAAAAGAUCCACAAAUAAGAAAAAUCAUUCUAACCGCUUUUAAUAGUGGAGAAAAGGUUGCAAUGUACAAAAGGUUCGGUCCAGCAGUUGUAGCUUCAUCAACCAAAAGAAAUGAUGCUGAGUUGGUUCAAGCGGGAAGAGAAUUAACUGGACAAUUAUCAUCAAUAAUGGCUGCAAAUAAUAUUAUAAGUAAACAUGCGGCACUUAAAGAGAUUAUUGAUAUUAUAGGAGAGUACAUAAAAAAAGGAAUCGAAAUUCUCGAAAAAAUAAGAACAAGCGAACAGACAAUUACGAGAAAAGUGUUUGAACAAGCGGAAACAUGUGUUAAUGAAGUUGACCAAAUACUCAGUGAUAGUCUUUAUAUUGGAGUGUUGGAGGACGAAAGUAAAAUAUCAAAAGAUUCGUGGUACUCGUAUUACAUCAGAGCUGUUGACAAAGAUCUCAAGAUACACACAAGGCUUCUCGAAGCAAAAGUUCAAUAUGGAAAGGCGUCUGGUUUGAAUCUGUCAUAUAAUAUGAAAAGAGUAUUGGAAGACCACAACAUUGAUUAUAAGAAAGUUGCAGAAAUAGGGACAGAUGGUGGAAGUAAUACAAGAGAUGGUGGAAAGGGUAUGGCCGGUCGUAUUGUGAGUGAUUUGCAAGCAAUUGAUAAUAGGUACUGUCCAAUUUUUUCAAUGUGGUGCAUGUGUCAUCGUCUGAACCUUUGUGUCGAGGAGUGCAUUACAGAUAAUGGGGUUAAUGAUUGUAUUUAUAUCAUAUCUUCUGUUUGUGAUUUUCUUCGAGAUGACCCAAAAUUCAGAGAACAAUUCAAAUGUGCUCCUCCAACUUACGUUAAAACUAGAUUCCUUUCACUUGAGUGUGUCUUUCGGUGGGUCUAUAAUAAUUACGAUAACAUCACCAUCUUUUUGAAAUGUUCGAUUCAUGAUGAAUUUGAAUAUGGUGAUUAUACAAUUGGUGAACUCAAAGAGUUAUUCAAAAGUAAGGAACUUAGAUAUAAGGUCUCAGCUUCAAUCAAAAAGAGCUAUUUUAUUUCGAAGUUAUAA